UCAACGUACUCCUCUACUCGUCUAAAUAGCAAAUUGUGAUUUCAGCUUAGAAAUUUGGUUGAAAUUUUAUAGAGCCACUGAAACUUCAAUGCAGCAUCCAGAGUUCAAAUUCCCAAGAACAUUCAACUUUCGCCCCAUAGCUUUAACAAAUCAAACUUCCAAUUCUAGGAUUUCUGAACUGAACUGAACUGAAGCUGAUCAGCUCUUGUAGAAAUGGCGUGGAGUCUGAUCUUUUGGUUCAUCUCUUUCUGUUUCAACAUCGCCCUCCUCGUCCUCAACUUUUACCAGCUUUUGGUAUUAACGGAUUUGGAGGCAGAUUAUUUGAACAUCUAUGAUUCUUCAUCUCGCAUUAAUAAACUUGUCAUUCCAGAGUUUUUAGUGCAAGGAGUAUUUUGCUCUCUUUUCCUCUUCACAGGCCAUUGGUUCAUGUUUCUUAUAACCGUCCCUGUUAGCUGCUAUCACAUAAAUUUGUUCUUGAAGAGAGAGCAUCUUAUUGAUGUCACUGAGGUGUUUAGAGCUCUUAAGCGUGAGAAGUAUUUCCGUUUGGCCAAGCUUAUCUUCUACUUGCUUCUGUUCCUCAUAGUAAUCUUCAGAAUAAUAAUGGUAGCAGGAAUGAAAUCUGUUUUUGACUCUGCACCUGAAGAUAUAGACAUUCGCUCCUCUGUUCUCGAAUUCUAGAGCUUACUUUGUCUGCUUUCAACUCUUUAUCUGACGAAGACGAUGUCCUACAUUUAUUUUGAUUGCCAUUCUCGUAUCUGAAGUUUGUAUUGUGGAUUCUAUAGCGUGUCGGGUUGAUAUUUAUGUGGGAAUUACACGAACAGAAUGAAUUUGGACUCAGCAACUUCGAACACAUUCAAACAGGUUUUUCCUCCCAUUUCCAGUAUUUUGGUUUGGUAGGCUUCAAGUAGCAAUCUCAUUGACUUUCACCCAAGCAAUACUUGUAUGUAGAGGAUAGCAUUGUAGGCAUAUUAUGUGAUUUGUCUUGGUACCUUUGACAACUCACUGGUGGGAUCUUUAAGAUUAGGGUUUCAUAUUUAAUCAUUUUUGGAAUAUCAACUACUUUCAAGUCUUAGUAUUCUUGUAAGGAUUAAAACGAUUUCCAUCAUUCAGUGUCAAGAAAUAUGUCAAGUGUUGAUGUCUUUGGUAA